CCUCGAGAGAGAGAUUCAUAUUCAGAGAGUUGGGAUACUCGUUAUUUCCUCGGAUAAACCAGUAAGAAGCAAGAUGGCCUCCAGAGCUAUGUUUCUUCCUGCUCCGGUUCUUAAAGUAGGGCCAAAUGUCGUCCUACAGCCGCCGCUAUCGCGAUGCAGGCGUGGUCCUGGCUUGCUUAUCGUGCGGCCUAGUCUCUAUGUCGAUUGCCCGAAGAACAACAAGAGCCUUGAUCCCGAACCCUUGCAGAAAUGGGCGGAGGAGAGCUUUGCCGUGGCACAGGCUACUUUCGAUGGUAGGAGUAGUAGUAACCAAACCAGUGUCUCUGAGUCAGUGCGUACUGCUACAGAAGCCUUGACUUCGCUGCCAGAUUGUGACAAGAAAGACAGAUUCGGUUUGCUAGUUUACGGCUCGCCAGCCGACUAUGCAUCCGGCUUCGAAGAGCUAUUGGGCGCUGUUGUAGCUACAACUGGGAAGUUCGCAGCAGGAGUGUAUACAGGGGCCUGGAACCCUCCUGAUAUCCCGACCCUACGACAUAUCCCUGGACCCCAGUCGGAAGUGCAGAAAGGCGCUCCCUCAACCGUGUAUUCGUAUCCCGAGGCGUCCUCGACGGGGUUUAUAGUUCCGGGGCACUCGGACUUCAAGAUCUCGUCGGCUGGAGUAGCUCACACGCGAUCGCUUACCUUUAUCAAGAAGCAUAUGGGCGGUCCUUUCUUUGACCUCGAGAAGAUAUGGGAAGAGCACACGUACUAUGAAUUUGGGGACCGAUCGGUUGAGAAGACGAUGGCGACUAUGGUCCAAGAGCCCUAUGUGAACGAUGUUCCGACGUUGACAGGCGGGAUCGGGCGGGCAAGUCUGAGCAAGUUCUACCGAGAAAACUUCAUCUUCAAUAACCCAGACGAUUCGGAGCUCGAGCUGGUCAGUCGCACGGUGGGCGUUGAUCGUGUUGUGGAUGAAUUUAUCUUCUGUCUGACGCAUAACAAAGUCAUCGACUGGAUGCUUCCAGGGAUCCCACCGACCGGUAAACCAUUGCGAAUUCCAUUCACAGCGGUCGUGAACAUUCGAGGCGAUCGUCUGUAUCACGAGCAUAUCGCAUGGGAUCAGGCUACGGCCCUGAUGCAACUAGGAUUGCUUCCAGAAUACCUUCCAUUCCCCUAUCCGUUACCCGACGGUCGGAAGCCUGCUCCCGGGAAGAGAUUCGAAUAUCGGGUUCCUGCUGCUGGGGUUGAGACAGCGAUCAAGCUGCAACAUGAGCAUCUGGUUCCCUCCAACGAGAUGUUCAACUUGCAGCUUCGGGAGAUAAACGAUAGUACUAGGUAAGACACUCUAAUAGUUAGCCUGGGUGGUAGACCCGUUUUUUUUUAUCGGCUGGCUGUCUCAUACAUACUGGGAUGGAGAGAGCUGGAAUACUCUGCGAUUAUUCGAGGAUAUGUCGGGAAAUUGCUUCUCUUUCAGGUAGC